UUAAAUGCGGAAAACCCAAACUGUCAGACAAGCGACAUCUUGCGGAAGUAAUAAUAAAGCUCCCAUAAUUCCAGUGUGAAAAUGUCAGCUUCCAUAUUUCGAUUCACUGAAUGAUGGCUAAUGUUCCAACAUAUUUGAAAGGCAGGGGGAGAGGACGAGGUGGAAAUCUCCCAUCACAGAACCAAAAUACCAAUAACCAUGUGCAGAAUAGCACAGGUUGGGCUAGAGGAUUUAAUCAAGCCGCUGAUUUGAGAGGUGGUGUAAAGCCUGAUAGCCAAGGAUCUGGGAGAGGUAGAGGUGCUGUAAAAAAAUCUUACAAUCAACCAGAACAAAGAGAUCAACCAAGUGCAGAGGAAAGGUUUCAGUAUGCUAGCCAGCAGAAUCAGGAAUCAAUUAAACGCCAUCUACAGGAUGAAGAUAUUGACAAGGAAGACAACUCUUCUGAUGAAGAUGACAUUGCCAGUGAUGUUCUAGAAAAAGUUUUCCAUACCUACUCAUCCACAGACUCAACUGAUGUAGAUGCUGCACAGGAUACACUAUUACAUUCAUUCCGUUCAGGAACUUCAGCUUGUCUUGUCUGUAUAGAAACUAUCAAGAAAACAGACCCAAUUUGGAGCUGUGAAGGUUGUUAUGCAAUAUUUCACAUACAGUGUAUACAGAAGUGGGUGAAAGACGGUGUUUACCAGCAGAUCUACAAGUCAGAUGAUGAUAAUGUCCGACCAGAAGACAUUCCCUGGCAUUGUCCAAAAUGUCGUUUAGAAUACAAUCAGAGAGAGCGUCCUACACGGUACUGGUGUUAUUGUGGUAAAGUAGAAGAUCCCCAGUUUGAUCCAUGGCUCGUUCCCCAUUCUUGUGGUCAGACUUGUGCCAGAAAACUGAAACCAGACUGUGGUCAUACUUGUCUACUUCUCUGUCAUCCAGGUGCAUGUCCACCAUGUCCUAAGACACUGAAGGUACAAUGUUACUGUGGUAACGCAGCUGCCCAGGUGAGGAGAUGUAGUACACGAGCAUGGGCCUGUGGUGGUGUGUGUGGUAAACAAUUGUCGUGCAAACAACAUACCUGUCAACAGGCCUGUCAUCCAGGUGAAUGUGCCCCAUGUCCUAAAACAAGUAAACAAGAGUGUGAAUGUGGUAAAACUACAGCAGUAAGACCAUGUGCUAGUCCUCAAUGGAAAUGUGAUAAGCCAUGUAACAAGAGAUUAUCAUGUGGUAAUCAUUUAUGUGAGAUAAUCUGUCACCGUGGUAACUGUGGAGAAUGUCCUAGAGGGGGUGAGAGAAAAUGUCCUUGUGAAAAAACAACAUAUAACUUGCCAUGUACAGAAGAUAUUCCUACAUGUGGAGAUACAUGUGGUAAAUUACUGGAAUGUCAGCUACAUGAAUGUGUACAAAGAUGCCAUUUUGGUCCGUGUGGCAGUUGUCGUCAGAUGCGUGUAAAGAAAUGUCGAUGUGAAGUACAGAAGGAGAGAGAAGUUCCAUGUUAUAAAGAUUAUCUGUGUGAGACAAAAUGUAAUAAAAUGAGAGACUGUGGUAAACAUCCAUGUAAGAGAAAGUGUUGUGAUGGCCAGUGUCCACCUUGUGAACAGAUGUGCAAUAAACCAUUAGGUUGUAAAAACCAUAAAUGUAACAGUAGGUGCCAUAGAGGAAGAUGUUACCCAUGUACAGAGACUGUAGAUAUAUUUUGUUUCUGUAAAGCUACUAAGAUAACAGUGCCUUGUGGUAGAGAAAAAGUCACAAAACCUCCUAGAUGUAACUACCCCUGCAGACGAGCACCUGACUGUCAUCAUGCAGCAAGGAUACCACAUAGAUGUCAUUUUGGAGACUGUCCUCCCUGUAGACAGAUUUGUCUGAAACCUCUAGAUAAAUGUUCACAUCAGUGUCCUGUAAUAUGUCAUACUGCUGUCAAAGUUAGAUUUAAAGAUAAUACACGUAGAGCAGGCCCUUGGGAAGGUGGACCUAGAAUUAUAGAAGAUGUAGUCAACAGACCUUGUCCGCCAUGUAUGGUUCCUUUGCCAAUGCAAUGCUAUGGAAAACAUGAGAUUGGUCAGUUUGCAUGUUCUGUAGUUCAACCUUACCAAUGUGGUAGACCGUGUGGUAGACAUUUAUCAUGUGGUAAUCAUACAUGUACAAAGUUAUGUCACACUGUGGAAGGUGCUGAAGACAAUGAUAUGGCAGGAAGCAAUUGUGAGGAAUGUGAGUUACCAUGUCAGUUUGAUCGUCCGGAGGGAUGUACACAUGAAUGUACCCAGUCGUGUCAUUCUGGACCAUGUCCUCCAUGUAAACAAAUGUUCCGUAUGAGAUGUCACUGCCAGGCUACUGUACAAUAUGUAGAAUGUAACAAGUGGGUCAAUAGCGAUGAUCAACACAAAAAUACACUCAAAUCAUGCAAUGGUGCCUGUCCUAAACUGUUAAGUUGUGGUCACCCUUGUGGAUUAACCUGUCAUGCUGGUAAAUGUGUAAAACCAGAGGAUUGUGAGGUAAAGGUGAAGGUCAGGUGUAAAUGUCGCCGACUUAAGAGAGAUGUUAAAUGUAAAGACAGGGUGAAAGAAGAAGGCAAACUACUUUGUGAUGAUGUUUGUAAAUCAGAAAUGGAAAAGAAGAAAAAGAAAGAGGAAGAAGUAGAUAGAGAGAAGAAAUUAGAGGAAGAACAGAAACAGAAAGCUGAAUUAGAGAAAUAUGAGAGAAAGAUGAGAGGUAAAUCUCGUAAACCAAGGAAACAGCAAGAAGUUGUUGAAGAUGAGACGUUCUUACAGAAAUAUAAAACUUGGUUAAUAUUGUCUGUCAGUAUUGUUGUACUAGCUGUGUUUGUUUAUUAUGUAAUGACUGUAUGAUCGUAGUUGAUUGUAACAUAUAGUAAUUACUUACACAGGAUGGUUCUAGUUCUAUAUUUAUUUCAUCAGUUGAAAAUCAAAGUUUACUUUAUAAAUGGGUUUAUGAUUCUUUUAUUUGUAUUUGUAUUUCAUGUUUUGAUGUUGGAAACGAUAAGAAAUGUUUUACAUUAUAUUAGUAUCUUAUAUGUGUUUGAUAUAAGAUUUCAGUGGAUUCCUCUUUGAUGAAGGUGGAAAUAUUUUACCCUUAUGUGCAUGACAUAAUUGAUCAUCAGUUCCAUAUUUUACUGUUGUUUGUCUGUGAUUUAUAAACUAUUUGAUUAAAUUAAAUUCUGGUGUUUAUAUAAAAUGUUGUUCAGAAUGUAAUUAUGCACAAGAUAGGUUUCUAUCAAGGUUUAUUAUAAUUAUUAAUUGAUUUGUUUGUCAAGUUUCCAUUAAUUAAUUUUCAGUAUUUAUACUAUGAAAAGUCAUGUUUACUUUUACAUGCAGCCAGCAUUCAUCACUACUAUAUAUGAUAUAUCAUAUUGUAGAUGUUUACUUAUCGUGAAAUACACAUGUUGUCUUGUUAUAUGAUCAAAUAAAAACAGUGAAGAAGUAUAAUUGUAGUAAAGGGGCAUAUUGAUAGCAUUAACCUGGGAUUUAUUAUUAAAUACAUGGAUAUAGAGGAUAUUUGUUUGUUUUGUAUGUAAGAUUGAAAUAUAAUUUCACUGAGUGAACACCAGAUGCAAUAUUUUCACAAGUGGCUAAGCCACGAGUGAAAAUAUAAUAGCUGGUGUUCAUGAAUGAAAUAUAUUUCAAUCUUAUAUGUAAAACAAAUAAAUUUUCUUUUUAUUUCAUGCUUUUUAAGUGAUUUUUAGUAUUUUUAUUGAUUUUGCCGCGUAACGUCGCACAUUCUACUUUUUGACGUCAUCACAUCAUGACGUCACAUCAUCAAUUUUGAAAUAUAGUUCUGUUAAAUUUCUCUAACUUUGUUACAUUUUUAACAUGAUGUAUAGUAACAUCGACUUUCUUUUCCUAAAGAAGCAAAAUUUACGCAUGAUGGCAUUUAUUUCUGCCUGUUAUUCCAUUUAGUUAUGAUUUUCUUUUCAUCCGCAUUCAAAUAUAGUUCGGCUACAGUGAAAAUUAUAUUUUAUAAAUUUCACUAGUGGUUUAUCAGAAUAUAAUCAUCUGAUGUAUUACAAUAAAAUACUGGAAAGCAUGAAAUAAAAUGUAGUAUUAGUUCAGGUAAAUUGGAGUAGAAGUUAAUUAUUCAUGUGUAAAGAUAUGAGUUUCCAUCCAGGUGUGUUGUAUGUGUCUAACACACAGAGGUCUUCCCCGUAAAAUAGGAAUAUUUUGUCACAAUGACCAAAACAUUAUUGGCGUGACUUCAAAUGAGGUUUUUUUUAAAUGAUCUUUUUUGGUUUCAUAUGGGAGAUGAAAUGAAUUAUUUAAAACGAUUUGAGCUACAUGGUUUUCAGUAUAAAUGUUUCUACAUAUAUUUAAUAUAGACCAAAGAUUUCUGAUGUACUGACUGUUGCUUAGUUUUAACUGUUUUCUUUGAUUACAACAUUUAUAAGUAUGCAAUGCUAUACAUGAAAAGAAAAAUAAGGAGUUACAUAUUAGAAAUGUCAUCACAUUCCAUCCCUUCAAUUUUAUGUAAUGUAUAUAUUUACCACACAUUUUUGGUAACAUUGUUUUUUUAUAUGUUGAAUGUUUGCUAAUUGAAAGAGUCGAAGGAGGUUUAAUAUUGUUAUAGUUUGGGAUUUAGAUGCUUAAAACGUUAUUAUUUGUUCUUAAUGUUGUAUUAUAAUUCAAACUUGUAUGGGAAAAUGGCAGUCAUUUUAUGUAAUUCAAGUGUGUAAUUAGAUAACCAGGUUCUUUAAAAGUGAGUUAUUUUGUAAAACUUGACUAACCUGUAAAGUGGGCUAAAGCUAAGAGGUAAAAAAGGUAAAAAAGUUAAUAAAAACUUGUGUUUACUCUUUUCAUUUGUAACUUUGAAACAUAGAAAAGUAAAUAUAAAAAUUUAUAUAAGAAGUUUCCCUGAAUAAAAAGUGCUACACUGUAUUUUUGCAACAUUUUUUCAUGAAAGACUAAGUUUUAUUGGGGUUGCAAUUUCUUAUAGCAUCAUGUUGGUAUAUACACAUUUUGAGAAUUACACAGUGCUUUGUAAAACAGAUUUGUCCUAAACUUCUUUUGUAGUGAAGUUUUUGUUUAUUUACAUUGUAUUGUAUAUUAUUUAAGAUAUGCCAAGAUCAUUUGUGUUCAAUUGUAUUAAUGUUAAAUGAUGCUUAACUUUUACCCAGUAAAUCUGUGUUUUAACUUUUACCCGGUAAAUCUGUGUAACAGUCUGAGUUGUUGGUGUAACAUAUGGUCCAACUAGUCUCUGAUAUCAGUUACGAUCAAAGUGUAGAUAGCUUGGUUAGUAUGACAGUUAUACAGGACAUUUUUUAAAUUUAAUCCAUUAUUAUACAGAGUUAGAUAUUUUGCAAUUAUGUUUCUUAAAUUUUCACUUAAAUUUUCAUUACGUGUAUAUUGUUUAGGGAGCUUUAUCUAAAUUAUCAGUGUUUAACAUGAUAGACUCUAAAAUUGUCAUAGAUCAGAUUUGCUGUAAUGUGAGACUAAUUUAUGCUGCUGCAAGCAUGUAUAGAUAUCCUGUAGGAUGAGAUAAGUUCAAAUUUAAGUUAGAAAGUCUUUACAGCUUAACAACUUAUACAUGUUUAAAUUUGUAUAAGUCUAUAUUAUUAUGAUGUAAUUUUAAUUAGUAAAGUGGUGUUUGAUAUUGGGUAAUUUGAGAAAAUAAAACGUUUGACGUUAUAAA